GGAACCAUUUUCCCAGCUCCCAAUUUCAAUCCCAUAAUGGAUGCCCAAAUGCUAGGGGGAGCACUCCAAGGAUUUGGCUGUGACAAAGACAUGCUGAUCAACAUUCUAACUCAACGCUGUAAUGCACAAAGGCUGAUGAUUGCAGAGGCAUACCAGAGCAUGUAUGGCCGGGACCUAAUUGGUGACCUGAAGGAGAAGCUUUCAGAUCACUUCAAAGACGUCAUGGUUGGCCUCAUGUACCCACCGCCAUCUUACGAUGCUCACGAACUCUGGCAUGCCAUGAAGGGAGCAGGCACUGAAGAAAAUUGCCUCAUUGAUAUUUUAGCUUCAAGAACAAAUGGAGAAAUUUUCCAGAUGCGAGAAGCCUACUGUUUGCAAUAUAGCAGCAACCUUCAAGAAGACAUUUACUCAGAGACCUCAGGACACUUCAGAGAUACGCUCAUGAACCUGGUCCAGGGAACCAGAGAGGAAGGAUAUACAGACCCUGCUCUGGCUGCUCAGGAUGCAAUGGUCCUGUGGGAAGCCUGUCAGCAGAAGACAGGGGAACACAAAACCAUGCUGCAAAUGAUCCUGUGCAACAAAAGUUAUCAACAACUGUGGCUGGUUUUCCAGGAAUUUCAAAAUAUUUCUGGGCAAGACAUAGUAGAUGCCAUUAAUGAAUGCUAUGAUGGAUACUUCCAAGAGUUGCUAGUUGCAAUUGUUCUCUGUAUUCGAGACAAACCAGCCUAUUUUGCGUAUAGACUAUAUAGUGCAAUCCAUGACUUCGGUUUCCAUAAUAAAACCGUAAUCAGGAUUCUAAUCGCCAGAAGUGAAAUAGAUCUGAUGACCAUCAGGAAACAAUACAAAGAGAGAUACGGAAAAUCCCUGUUUCAUGACAUCAAAAAUUUUGCUUCAGGGCAUUAUGAGAAAGCUCUGCUUGCCAUCUGUGCCGGUGAUGCUGAAGACUAUUAAGUCAAAAGAAGGAUGUGGAGGACACUGCACUCCUAUUUACAGACAUGUCAAAAUACAGAGUUUGUGAUAUGUUUGCCUUGUUAGAUGCAUUAUAGUAAAACGAUAGAAUCAUAUUUUCUCUUCUAUCUUUAAAAUCAUUCUAAGCCAAAAAAAAAAUCUAUUGAUAAAACUAUAUGAGACUGGAUUUGUACUUAUCAUUCAAAUCAGCAAUUUACUAAAUGGAAUAAUGAAACAAUGGAAUAAUAAAAACAAUUUCAUUGAAAUAUAUUUUAUUUAAAUGUGAAUUGUCAAUUCCCUACAACAA